CUUGGCAAUGGCCCGUGCAGACCGGUCCGGCCUCAAAGGGUACUUCCGAAAAAGUCGGCCCGUGCCUGAGAUUCCCGACACCCAGUCACCGUCCCCUGAAGAGAAUGCCACUUUUUGGAGCCGGCUUGUAUUUGCCUGGUUAAGUCCGUUACUUGCUGUUGGCUUUCGUCGACCUCUGGAACCCAACGACAUUUUUCUCGUACCGGAAAGUCGUUGCGCAGACAAGACGGUUCAAAAAGUGGCUGACGAGUUCAGAAAUGGUCUCGAUGGAAAAUAUCCCCUGCCUAGGGCACUUUACACGUCUUCCAAAGCGGACUUUUGGGUCGGUGCUGGCUGUCAACUGGUCGAAUCUAUACUGCAAGCACUUGCUCCCUUUACUCUGCGUUUUCUCAUCUCUUAUGCCAGAGAUGCGCAUGCUUUUCGACAAGGGACCGGGCCUGCACCGUCGGCUGGUCGAGCUGCUGGUAUUGUGGUCGCCAUAACAAUCAUGCAGAUUGCACAGAGUGUAGCUUCCAGUCAUUUCCACUACCGAAGUCGAUUGAUGGGUGCUCAAGCCCGCAGUGUCCUCUGCGCAAUGACUCUGGAAAAAUCGUUGAAGAUAUCAUCAAGGGCCCGAAUGGAAUGGCCUAACGGUCUAGUUACUAGUCUGGUCUCUACAGACGUCUCGCGUAUUGAACAGUUUUGCGGCACUCUGCAUCUUGUCUGGGCUUCUCCUAUUGCCAUACUUCUGACCGUUACCCUGCUUCUUGUCAACCUCGGCUAUAGUGCCCUGGCUGGUGUGGCUGUGUUGGUUUUGGGGCUCGCCGCGUUGACGAGGGUUGUCGGUUUGACGGCGAGACGAAGUGCCAAGAUUACACCUUUGACUGACCAACGAACCGGUUUGACGUCCGAGAUGCUGCGUGGUAUCCGUUUUCUCAAAUACUUUGGCUGGGAGCCUGCUUUUUUGUCGCGACUGAAAUCUGUGCGUGCUGCCGAGACACGCUCCUUAAAGUUACUACACAUAACCAAAAGCGCCAUCGGAGCGGUGUCUAUGGCGUUGCCCAUCUUUUCCAGCAUGGCCGCCUUUGUGGUAUUCUCCAGGGUUGGGUCUAAUCUUGAGCCUGCCGCGGUAUUUUCGUCACUGGCCUUGUUCAACAGCCUUCGUACACCUAUGAACUGGCUACCCACCUCCAUCGGUCAUCUUGUGGAUGCUCAUGCAGCUCUGAAUCGGAUACAGCUGUUUUUACUCGCCGAGGAUGCCCCUCCUAGGCCUGAGCCUCUGCCGAGUUUGAGGGAUGCAGUUCAGGUCGACGCCUCGUUCACCUGGGAAAGACCAAAAGACAGAGAUGAUCCGUUCACAUUGUCGUCACUCGCACUUUCUAUUCAGCGCACCGAGCUUGUCGCAGUCAUCGGAGCCGUAGGCAGCGGCAAGUCAUCUUUGUUGAGCGCUCUAGCUGGAGAGAUGCGUCAAACCAGUGGCACUCUUGUCCUCGGUGCAAAGACGGCAUACAGCCCACAGACUCCCUGGCUGCAGCAUGCAACUGUCAAAGAAAACAUCACAUCAUUUGAAAAAGGAGAUGAGCAACGAUACCGGCGAGUGGUGGCUGCGUGCGCCCUUGAGCCUGAUUUUAUCGCCCUACCAGCUGGCGAUAGUACCGAAGUUGGUGAACGCGGUGCCACUUUGUCUGGUGGACAAAAGGCACGCAUAGGUCUGGCAAGAGCACUUUACUCCGAGGCCGGCAUCUUGCUUUUGGAUGAUCCACUGUCAGCCGUAGAUGCACAUGUCGGCGAGCACAUCUUUUCCGAAGCAAUCUGUGGGUGGGGUCGAGGGAGGUGUCGUGUUUUGGCUACGCAUCAGCUGCAUGUCUUGCCGAGAUGCGAUAGAAUUGUCUGGAUGGUUGAUGGGCAGGUGGCCGCAUGUGGAAGACUUGAUGAGAUGAUGGCAAAUGCUGCAUUUGCCGAGUUUCUAGCUCAGUCUGGGGAAAAGGGAAAUAGAUCCGUCACCAAGGGAAGCCAGGACGUACACGAAAUAGUCCCUGUGGCUCAGAAAAAGACGACACCUAAACUCAUGCAAGACGACAUCAAGGCAGUCAACAGCGUCCCAUGGCCCGUCUAUAUGGCGUGGGUGAGAAACUCGGGCAGUCUGUUCAACAUGGUGUUGGUGAUUGCCCUGCUUUGCGCCUUUCGGGCAGCCAACUACCUCACAUCACUCUCGUUAGCAUGGUGGGUGUCGGACAUGCAGGGGCUGACUACCGAGCAAUAUAUAAGUUUGUAUGCUGGGUUAGGGGUCGCCCAAGGUUGUCUUUUAUUUUCUUUUUCGGUUGCGGCAUGUUUAGUUGGUAUUCGUGCCAGUCACAGCUUGUCCAACACCGGCAUGUGGCAAGUCCUCCGAGCACCGAUGCUCUUUUUCGAAACCACACCACUAGGCCGCAUCUUAUAUCGCUUCACCAAAGAUGUUGACACUAUGGACAACAACUUGACCGACUCCUUGCGGCAAUAUCUGAUCGUCUUGAGUAGUUUACUCGGUGCUUUUGGGUUGAUCAUGGCCUAUUUUCACUAUUUUGCCAUUGCCCUUGUCAUUGUUUCGGUCGUUCUCAUCUCUGCGGUUGCAUAUUACCGCCGCAGCGCUCGUGAGCUAAAGAGACAUCACGCAGUCCUUGAUGGCGCGGUUCUCGCUAGCUUUAGUGAGUCUCUUGGCGGCGCUGCAACAAUCCGUGCUUUUGGUCGUGAGCAGCACUAUAUCUCGAGGCUGAAGAGUACUCUUGAUGCAGCAAACGCUGCAAACAUUCUCAGCUUGGCUGCCCAUCGCUGGUUAUCUCUCAGGCUUGACAAUCUUGGCAACGCUCUCUCACUCACCACGGGUGUCCUUGUUGUGACGAGUGCUUUUUCUGUCGAUCCUGCCAUUACUGGUCUUGUUCUCAGCUACAGUCUGAGUCUGGUAGGGAUUAUCCAAAUAACGGUGCGUUAUCUCGCCGAUGUCGACUUGGCCAUGUCUAGCACGGAGCGUAUGCACCAGUACGCGACUUCACUUCCGAGCGAAGCACCACUCGAAACUGAUGUCGUUACACGUCCCACCUGGCCUGAAACUGGAGAGUUGUCCUUUGAUAGCGUUUGUGUUCGAUAUCGACCAGACCUACCAUUAGCACUUGAAGACUUUUCUCUUCAUAUACCUGGAGGUCAACGUCUUGCCAUUGUCGGUCGUACUGGAGCAGGCAAGAGUACCAUCCUCUCCACUCUCUUCCGCCUGACCGAAGCUAUCAGUGGUCGUAUUCUUCUCGAUGGAGUUGAUAUAUCCACUCUCGGUCUGCACGCUCUCCGUUCUCACCUGGCAAUCAUCCCACAAGACCCGACCCUCUUCCAUGGCACGGUUCGCUCAAACCUCGACCCAUCGGAAACGCAAACAGACGAUGAUUUGAACUCGGCACUCUAUCGGGCCCGAUUGGCUCCUGCUCUGGCGCUCGACACGCAGGUCGCCGAAGACGGUGCAAAUUUGUCGGUCGGCCAGCGGCAGCUGUUGGCUCUGGCACGUGCUCUCCUUCGCACCGAAGCACGCGUUGUUCUCGUCGAUGAGGCCACUAGCGCGGUUGAUGGGGCGACGGACCGUAGGGUGCAAGAGGUAUUGAUGGGGUUAGAAGGCAAGACUGUGAUUGCAAUAGCCCACCGGUUGCGUACCGUGCUGUCGUACGAUCGCGUCUGUGUGGUGGAUGCUCGCCGGGUGGCUGAGUUGGGUGAACCAAGGGAGCUGUGGGAGGCGGGAGGGUUGUUCAGGAGGAUGUGCGAUCGGGCGUCGAUUACGAAAGAUGAUUUUGGGGUUUAGAUUGUUGAUUGACGAUGACAGGUGAUCUCGAUGACAGUUUUCAUUUCGAUGACGAUGAUAAAGAUUGAUUGAACGAUUGUCAGGUCAAGAUGUUGUACAUUCAUUGGUGCCUACCUAGCGUAACACAAAAAGCUCUGCUCUCCAAACAGACAGGAAC